GGGGACCCCGCCUCCGUCACCGCGGGCCUGGGGCUGCAGCCCGCCGCGCCCUCCCCGCCCAUGGCCCGGAGGUACGAUGAGCUGCCCCACUACCCAGGCCUCGUGGAAGGCUCAGCAGCCCUGGCUGGCUUCUCGGAGGCAGCGCCCCCCGCACCUGGAGGCCCUGGGCCCUACGGACCGCACCGGCCACCCCCACCCCCUGGCCUGGAUAGUGAUGAUCUGAAGAGGGAAAAGGAUGAGAUCUAUGGACACCCGCUCUUCCCACUGCUGGCCCUGGUCUUUGAGAAAUGUGAGCUGGCCACGUGCUCACCCCGAGAUGGGGUGGGAGCUGGGCUGGGCACACCCCCUGGGGGUGAUGUCUGCUCCUCGGAUUCCUUCAGUGAGGACAUUGCUGCCUUUGCCAAGCAGGUUCGCUCUGAGAAGCCCCUCUUCUCUUCCAACCCAGAGCUGGACAACCUGAUGAUCCAGGCCAUCCAGGUGCUGCGCUUCCACCUGCUGGAGUUGGAGAAGGUCCACGACCUGUGCGACAACUUCUGUCACCGCUACAUCACCUGCCUCAAGGGAAAGAUGCCCAUCGACCUGGUCAUCGAGGAUCGGGACGCUGGCUGCAGGGAGGACCUUGAGGACUACCCGGCCUCCUGCCCCAGCCUCCCAGACCAGAGUAAUGCGUGGAUCAGAGACCAUGAGGACGGUGGGUCUGUGCAUCUGGGGACCCCGGGUCCAUCCAGUGGGGGCCUGGCUUCCCAGAGUGGGGACAACUCCAGUGACCAAGGAGACGGGCUGGACACAAGCGUGGCCUCGCCCAGUUCUGGGGGAGAAGACGAGGAGCUGGAUCAGGAGCGGCGGCGGAACAAGAAGCGAGGCAUCUUUCCCAAAGUGGCCACCAACAUCAUGCGGGCCUGGCUGUUCCAGCACCUGUCGCACCCAUACCCCUCCGAGGAGCAGAAGAAGCAGCUGGCGCAGGACACCGGGCUCACCAUCUUGCAAGUGAACAACUGGUUCAUCAAUGCGCGAAGACGCAUCGUGCAGCCCAUGAUCGACCAGUCCAACCGCACAGGACAGGGUGCAGCAUUCAGUCCCGAGGGCCAGCCGGUGGCAGGCUAUGCGGAGACCCAGCCGCAUGUGACUGUCCGACCGCCGGGCUCAGUGGGGAUGAGUCUAAACUUGGAAGGAGAGUGGCAUUACCUAUAGAGACUGCAGUCAGGAGAAGCACCUUGCCUCUGGACAGUGACCACCAGCCGGCACGUGCUCAGUCCCCACGGGCCCUGGGCUCCAGGACUCCAGCCCUCCGGGCCCCUCUGCUCAACGCCUACCUCCCUGGGGCCCUGGGACACAAGGACAUGAGUAUCCACCUGGGGUCUUUCAAGGACAGAGACUCAGACCCAGCCCUGCCCCUGACCUCUGUCUGUCGGGCCAGGCCUGUCUGCAGAUGCCAGUGGCUUGGGGCCCAAGCUGUGGGACAGAGAAGACACUGGGGGCGGACAGGGACCAAGGAGAAGGAGAGUCACCCAGAUCUGACAUUUGGGGAGACUCAUUCUCCCACCCCACUCCCCUUCUCUCUUCCCCACCUCCCUUCCCUGCUGUCUUCUACCUUUUUUAAUGAUAA